UGGCUGGCUACUCUCCUUGCUGUUUUAGAUUAGACAAAACUAGAGGUACUUGUUUUCUUCUCUCCCGUGACUACUCCGCCGUUCGAAAGCACCAUGGGCAAAUACACUCUCACCUACUUUGACUUGGCCGGCCGUGGCCAAAUCACUCGUCACCUGUUCUGCCUGGGCGGCAUAGAGUUUGAGGACAAGCGCGUCGGAGGCGAGUCAUGGAUGGCGAUCAAGGACAGCUGCCCGCUCAAGCAGUUGCCCAUCCUGGACGUACAGGGCAUGGAUACCCUGUGCCAGAGUUCCGCCAUCGAGCGCUUCGUUGCCCGUGAGGCAAACCUGCUGGGCAGUGGUUCGACUGAGAUGGCGACCAUCGACCAGAUCCACACGACGCUGGGUGACAUAGUCGGGCUGGUGAUCCCGUUCUACUUCGGCGAGGUAUCAAAGGACGCCGAGAAGAAGGAGGCUCUACGCGUGACGCUGGUCAACGACAAGCUACCCGUCUUCUUCGCCUUCUUCAACAAGAAGCUGGAGGCGAACAAUGGCGGGGACGGCUUUUUCGUGGGCUCGUCCGUUUCGCUGGCCGACGUAGCCUGGGCGAACAUCGCCGGCUUCUUUAAAGGAAUCGACACCGACGGCAAGUUCACCGCCGAGUACCCGAAGCUGUACGCCCUCGUCGAGCGCGUCAUGGAGUUGCCGGCCGUCAAGGCGUUCAACGAGAAGCACGAGAAGAAGUGAGCGACAGCGUGGCAGAGCACCGUCUUUGUUUCUUGUUUCCACGGUUUCGUGAUUUUCAAAAUUUAGGCCAUGGUCAAGCCCAGUAUCUAUAGUUACUCUAUUGUAUGUUUUUUUCUCUUUUCUAGUCUUUCAAUGAAGUGGAGAUGCUCUCCUGCAGCCUUUCAA